UAACGUCACAUCUAUUCUGUACAAUGGCGGAAAAAGCAGUUUUGGUUGAGGGGAUAUCUUUUAUGGCUCCUGUUAAAGGGUUUUUGUUGACAUAUUUUAUGCCCGAAUCAUGCUACGACGAGUUCUUUCUCAAUUUCAACUUUCUUGAUGUGCCAUGUCUGAAGAUUGUGCUGAGCAAAGCCCUGGGGAUUGGCAUCAUACUGGGCUCAGUGAUGGUGAAGCUUCCUCAGAUUUUAAAGCUUAUUGGAGCAAAGAGCGCUGAAGGGCUGAGCUUCAAGACUGUGAUGCUGGAAUUGCUGGCCAUCACAGGAACAAUGGCGUACAGUAUUGCCAACAAUUUCCCCUUCAGUUCCUGGGGUGAGGCUCUGUUCCUCAUGUUGCAGACAGUCACCAUUGGCUUCCUCAUUCAGCACUAUGGAAAAAGAACGAGCAGAGGUAUCCUGUUCAUGGUUAUAUAUUUUAGCCUGCUGACCCUCCUGCUGUCCCCAGUGACGCCCAUGUCAGUGGUUACCUCCAUGCAGGCCUCUAACAUGCCAGCUAUCAUCAUUGGAAGGCUCAUCCAGGCGUCCACUAACUUACGCAAUGGUCACACCGGCCAGCUCUCUGCUGUCUCUGUUUUCCUCCUGUUUGCUGGGUCCCUUGCCCGCAUCUUUACCUCACUACAGGAAACUGGAGACUCACUGAUGGCCCUCACCUACAUCAUAUCCUCUGCCUGUAACGGCAUCAUUGCCGUGCAAGUUCUUUACUACUGGAACAGUCCACUUCAAAAGAAAAAGGAGGAAUAGGCAAAGAGCAGUCACUAAACUUUAAUCAUUGGGAAACAAUUUCCUUAACAUAUCCCACUUUAGACACUCAAACGUGUGUCUUUAAAACUUGAAAGACCAAAAUUACACAUGAAAUUUGUAUACUAAGCCAAUGGAACAAGUGAUGUUUUCAAUGUUCAUUUGACUUUACUGUAAUGAUAAAAAUGUAACAUGCCAAGCAGAUCGCUUGAUCGAGGAGCCAUUAUAUUAACAGUUGUCUAGUUUUGCUGGUGAUCUUGAAUUCUGGGCGAGCUGCUGGGGCCAGAUUCCUCUCCUGCACUCUCAUCACAUUCCUCUCGAUGGAGCGUUCCUGAUUGACUCACGUUCACGCUGGAGUUGAAAUGUUUGAAUCAGAUGUGCACUUUCUUAUUUUUCACAUUUGAGCAUCUAAUUAGAAUUCAUGCAGUCAGGUUUAUUUUCAUUGGUUUGACGCAUUGUUGAUUGUCUGCUUCAAGUGUGAAACUGAAUUUCAUACUUUCUAUUUGCUAAUUUUAAAGUCUAAUCUGUAGUCUGAUUUGGAGGAAACACUGUCACAUGACAUGAUGAUGAUCAUGAUCAUCUUGUUUGUUUAAAUAACACACUCACAGACGUUAACUAUGUUGCUGGAGCGAACAAGCAAUUAGCUUAACUUAGCAUGAAGACUUAAAGCAAAGGAAAACAUAUCUAUAGAUCAGGUUUCUGUACAGAACUGUAUCCUUUUAAUAAAAGACAGAUUUUUAAGUUGGAAGUGUAGGGUGUUCAUUUUAUCCAUCAUGGAAUAAAGGAGGUUCUAUUGACUCCAUUGAAAACUACAGGUAGACUUUUGGUUGCAUGUCUUUAUUUGUGUUGAUGAAUUGGAUUCUUCUGGAUACAUGGGUUAGAGAGAUUUUCUGCCAUCCUUUACAAAUAUUUUGUAUCUGCACUUUGCUGGAGGGGUUUUGUUUAUCUAAUGUUCACUUUAAAAAUACUCAAAAUGUGUUCUGUUGGAUUUGUUGAAAAUUAUUUGUAGCGAUUGUUGGCUAAUGUGGGGUUAUUUUCGUUUUGGAGAAUUCCUUCCCUGACUCUUGAUACUGUUUGAUUGAUCAAUUUCAAAUUGGCAAUCAAUAAACAAAUAAAUAGCCUUUCUAAGUUUGGUCCAUUAUUUUUGGCAGCAGGAGAAAGAAACUCCCUGUUUUUUACAACUUUAUCACAACUUUAUCUAAUAUCACAACUUUUAUGUGCUCUGAUAUUCUGCCAACUUUUAAGUUCAAUGAUUUUGAAUGAUUGAGUGUGCCCAAACUUUUGACUGGUACUGUAACAAUUGGCAUACGUUUGGCCUAAUAGUUUUAUAACAAUACGCGCAGCCAGCCUCUGUCUUUAGGAGCAGCUACUGAUCUAAAGCCUCUUGUUUCAUCUGUGUGGAUAAACUGCAGUCUAGUAUGAUUUCAGUUUAAAAUAAGGUUUAGUGUUACACUUCAUGUGGCAGAUUUAGUUCAAACGCAAAUGUCGGCGUAAAUGGUCAAAGGAGGUUAUUGGAGUCGUGUCAUAAAACCUUUUCAAAGUACCUGUUCUUCACAGUAUAGUUGAUACCUUUAUUUUUUUUUAAUAGCAUAAAACUUUA